AUUUAUUUCACCAACAGGUUAGACAGAAGGCAAGCUGAGAGAUCCACAUUGAUGGGGUUUCUCUGUACAUCCGUCCUCUACACAACUGUACAAGCGUGUGUGUGUGUGUAGGCCCGGGACAGGACGCCUCUCUGUCGGAGGCUCCAGCAGGCUAAAGGCUAAAGCAGCUCAGAGGCUGUAAUCCCCGUAUGAGACCAUCAUGGCUGCCACUCGCUGAGCUGUCAAGCUCUCCACAAAAGAAAAGAAACCUGAAGAAUGGAUUACAAACGGCGUGUUAACAAGAAGAAUAGGGAUUGGCACAAACGGCUCCACCUCAGGAAGACUGCCGUUCAGCCCCCGACUAUGCAAAGUGAAGAUAAGCGUGGACCAAAGAAGAUAGCAGGGGAGCGGGGGCAAAGCACAACGUGGCCUUCAUCAAAGAAGCCCCCCCAGGAAGCACAACAGAGGACAAACGACAACGGAAAUACACUCAGGUUCACGUGCUCUCAAUGCGGGGACAAUGUGGAAUAUGUUCCCAAAGACUUGGUGAGACAUUUUGAGGAGAAACACAGAGGGAGCCCCCCAGUGUUUCCCUGCCAUAUGUGUAGUUAUAGCACACAUGAGUUCUCCUACCUACAGGUUCAUCUGCUAAGCCACAAGGACACUUUUUCUAGCUGCAACAUUUGUAAUGACAAUGUUCAACGCACGUGGCCUGAGUUUAGUGCACACCUGACUCUGUGCCACUGCCAAAACGGCAAAUUUUUAUGUGCAACAUGUCAGAAGUUUUCAACAGGUGACGUUAAAGUGUUUUUAGAGCACAUGUAUGCUCAUAAUUUGAGCCUGGAAGGAGCUGAUGAAGAUCUGUUGCUGCACAAAAAGGAUAAGAAUAAAGCGUUGUGCUGUCACCACUGCGGCUACAAGGCAUCUCACAAAUGGCUGAUUACUAAGCACAUCAAAGCUGUCCAUGUCUGCCAGAAUGGUAAUCAGAGGAGGGAGGAGAAGGAGGCUCAUUCCAUAGCAAUGAAACCAAAUGACCCCCCAAUCCCAAAAAUGAAGCCGAGACUAACAAGAAGUGCAGUUAGAGAAAUGUGCUGGCUGACAGAGGACUGCCUCGCUUUGCCCGGGAAAGAAUUCCUGGAUAAAUACUGCCAUCUGUCAGAUCCUCAGACAACUCUGGAGGAGACUCAGCAGUUUCUCAUGAAAUCUGUUGCUGGGGAAACCGGUGACCAGAGGUGGACCAAGGCCCUUAAAAACGUUUUGUCAAACGUCCCUCAAGACAUGAAUCUUCACUCAAAGUCAGAGAACGGCAUCGUGUCCAACUCAUCCGAUCUCACCGUCCUUACAGUCAAGAACAAGAUUACUGUCGCCCAGAAUGGUGCUAAAUAUUCCAAGAGGUUAAAAUUAAUGCCAUCAUCAGAGAAGGAAACUGUUCCCCUCGAAAGUGCUGCUGAUGAUGCUCAUUGUGUGGUUGACCAGAAUGGAUGUCAGUCAGAUUUAAAUGAUAGCACACUUGAAACCAAACAAGAUAUUUACAACGUUUCAAUGCCAGACCAGAAUGAGCCAUUCAAGUGCACACAAAUGCAGGAAAAUAGAGAGAAUCAGGAAGUAAAGAUGGAUCAGAACAAAGUGGAACACAUAAAGAAACAAGAGGAGACUAUGCAUGAUGAAGAUGGGAAUAAUAUCUCCAACAAGCUUGUCGAGCAGACGCCUGUUCAUAAAGUUGUACCAAUAAAUACAAAACGAAAAAGAAGACGAAGAAGAAAGACCAGGAGUAAAAAAAUGGAUACAAAAUCAGCAGCACUGGCCUUGAAGAUUGUGCUGAAGAAGAAUCCGGUGAAGGAGAAGCAGUGGGUGUCACAGAGCUCUCUGUCUCCAUCAGCAGGAAGUCAGACAGAUCAUGACCUGCCAAGCCCUCAUGCAUCACCUGAGGGGAAAACAAUGCUGCUACCAGAGGUGCACCUGAAGAAAUGGACCAAAACUCCCAAGCCUGACCCAUCUGAAGCUGUCAUUUCAACAUCAGGGUCAAAGCUAGACGAAAAGCCAACCCCAGUUUAUGUUGGAAAGCCCAUGGGGUCUAAAAGUAUGGACAGAAAUGGCCACAUUGAGUGUGACAGCCUAAAGCAUGAGGUAAUGCAAGAUGAUGCAGAGAAGUCAGUGGAAACAGAAGUGGACAGGAGCUGUUCAGCCGACAGGACAGCUCCAUCAGAGAGGAGGGCUGCAGAUCUGUGCUGUGAGAGCGUCCAAACAUCCAGGGAUGGCAUGGAGAGCCAUGUGUCUGGUGAUAAAGCCAGUUCUGCCACCGAUGGAGCGACUUCUCAGAGGAGCUACAACAAGUCUUCCCCUGAAUCCCAGCCUGCCAUUACACCACAGGGUGUGUUAAUCUCUGAAGAUGUAAGUGCUGCUCUCAUUUCUGAGCAGACUGUCAAGGGUGUGAUAGACAAAGAUGUGCCUGCAGACUCCUGCCCACGCGAGUCCUCCCCGGCCUCUCAGUGCAUGUGGCAGCAGGCCCCUAAAACCCUGGAGAGGACCUUGAAGUUAGUAGCCAUAAAUCCCUCUCAGCUGGUGAAGCGUCCAACGGGAGACCAACCAGUCGUGGUGCUAAACCAUCCAGAUGCUGACAUCCCUGAGGUAGCCAGAAUCAUGGAGGUCAUCAACAGGUACAGAGGAGAGGUGCAGAAGGUGGUGCUGUCUCGGAGGACCGCGAAUGCUCUCUCAGGUGUCAAUGGAGAAGUUACCGAGACGGAUGCCCGGCAGGAUCCUGCAGAGCUCGGUAAAAACUCUGUACAGGAGAGGUUUUUGUUAAAGAUGAGAUUCCGCAGGUUGAGCAGGAAAAAGUACGAGGUGGUCGACGCUGUGUCACCCAGCAGGGACACGGGGACAAAGUUCAGCUGCUGGUUUUGCGGCAGGGUGUUUGCAUGUCAGGACACAUGGAUGGUCCAUCGGCAGCGGCAUCUCAUGGAGUGGAAACGGCCAAACUGUGAAAACUCUUAAAAAACGUCGCACACACUGGAUGGAAAAGUCUGGAAAGUUUGCAAUACAACACAAUAGUUGAAACCGUGUUCGCCAGUCUUCUUAGUUUUUUAAAGUCUUAAUUCUGAUCAGUUGGUUUAGAGGAGGAUCAGAUCAUCUUCACAUUCUCAGGGUCAACAUUUACCUGUUGUCUCUCCCCCCGUUUCAGUAGCUUCGUACAUACUCUUUGUAAGUCAUGAUCAUUUGUAAAAGGACGUGCUGUCAAUAAUUCAGUUCUUUGUAUAGUUUAUAUUUUGUCAAUGCAAUAGCUUUAUUUAAGGUGAUUUCAGUACACUGUCGUAAGGAAUCUUUUAUAGAACACUGUAAUUUGUAUAUUUGCCAUACCACCUAUGAAUCAGUUAAUGUACGGGUAGGCUCUACAGUGUGGUAGCUAUCAUAUUUAUGUUUGUGGAAUGGGAAGCAGAGACCCACAAGUUACUCAGAUAUACCAAAACUGUGUGUUUAUAAAGAAAAACAGACAAUAAGCUGUUUUAUUCAACAUUUAUUUAUAACUUGUAGGGUUUAGCCUUUAUAUGCUUGUGUGUUUUUGGGCCCUCAGAAGAAUCAGCUUAUGUAAGAUGUUUUUUUUAAACUCCAAAAAAAAAAGUCCAAAUAUAGUUUUAAUAAUCCUUCAUUUAGAAAAGUCAACCUGUGUUUUGUGAUUUCGAUGAAGUACAAGCAGAAUCUUUUCUUUUUAAAUCGGGAUGCAAGAAGCCUAGAUGAUCUGAUUAUUUCUCUCUCAGUUAAUUUCCUCUUUUUUUUUUGACUUGAACUGAUAAUCGUAUCUUUUAAUUGCACUAUGACAUGAGGGUUAAUAUUUCCCGUUACCUCACAUUAUCAGGCCGAAGCCUUUGACAAUCUCAGCCAGAGUCCUGCUGUGGCUCAACAUUUCCUCAGUCCCUCAGUAUUCCCAGCAGGGGGGGACGGUGGCUCCUGUGUGCAUGUUAGUGGACGAACGUCCUGCAUCCUUGUUCUUGAGGGGAACACUUCACUGUGUAUAUAUACCUUUUUAAAUUCACAUAGAUUUAUAAUUGUAUAUAGUCCAGAUAGAGGUACUGUAAACUAUGACCAGAUAAUUUUCACUAAGUGCCUAGGACUCUCUGUUAUGCAACAAAAUGUGCAUGAGUAUGAUAGCAUUACGUGUUUACCAGAAAGAUAAUGAACCAGUCUGUCAGUUCCUGGUGGCAUUUUGUGAUGACUGAACAUGUGACUUGUACAACUCAAGAGUUUUAUUAAAAACAAAAUAUACAAACUUG